CCGAAUUGCGAUAUUUCGGCCAUAUGAUGGACUCGGAGAAAGAUGUCUUAGCUGCUGUUUUCGAGCAAUGUGGCAAAUGCGGCGGGUCGAUCUUGCGAGUUAUCGCCACCCUCAGCCACGUUGCAGAGUCGUGUGGCAUCACAAACGUUCAAAUUGAGUCUCUCUUGCACAUCUGUUACUUUGCGUGCCGUGAACUGAGGCCUAGUGGGGACGACUCCAGUGGACUCAAGACGGCUUUCUUGUCGAUAGUUCAAGGAGACGGUGACUUUGUGCGCGGUGAUCUUUGUGAUGAUCCCUUUGCAAUUGUUGGCCAACGAAUUCUUGGUCCGAUCGCGCUCGUUCGCCUUCUUGCGGUUCUCGCACAACGCAAUGCACUCGGUGGUAUACAGACUCUCCGCAAGGCACCCCAAGGGCUGUCAGCAUCUACAUCUCUCGAACACAUCCAACAGAUCACGCAUCCGGAUAUCAUCCGACGCAUAAUCAAGGUUUCUCAUCUACGUAUGAAUGAACGAAUGAGAAAAGGUCGCAAGUACUCCACGAAUGAAGAAGGUUGCGAAGACUUUCCCUAUGCGUGCGUGGCGUUCCAAAGCGUGGCAGAGCUCGCUGCCGCAUUGCUCGCGUUGGAUAUGUACACAGGAGGAGUGUACACGGACGCUAUCCGUGGCGCACGGAAGCAGCUAGUGGUUGCUCUGGGUAAUGCAUCGCAGAUGGCACUGAACCUUAGGCGUUACCAGCAAGCUUUAGUGCUGGCACGAUGCUCUGUCAACGAAGCUGAAAAGGCAUCAGUGGACGACAAUAUAGAGCCAAGUAUUACGGAAAAGAACAAGUGUCGGAUGGAUCAAGCAUAUGCGGGGCUAGGACUCUAG